AUGGCCUACAGCUACUCCGAGAUCAUGGGCGUGGUGGCACAGGGCGGCUUUGACGUGCGAGGGAGCAACUAUGGUUCUUACCUUGAGGCGCGUAUGGUUGAUUGCGCAAGAACGGCAGCGGAACCCAUCCUGUGGUUGUUCUUUGCGCAGCUGCUCUACUACGCCCUCGUGAUUCUGCAUUCCAUCUUCAGGCCAUGUCUGGGAAACCGCGUACCUGAAGCGAUGGAUUGGACGCUGAAGGCGCUGAAGAUUACCCGUGACGCCCGGGCGGAGAAGACCACCCUGGCGGAAGCCAAGGCGCAAGAGGAGAAGGGUCUCUUGUCCUACAGGAUGGACAUGAAUCCAAACUACGAGGAGGCCACGAUGGCUCUGAAUUUCAACCCAGAAGACAUGGGCGCAAGCCCUCCGAGUGAGCGGCAGGUCGUUAAGGCAUCGACAGGCAUGAGCUUGCACAAGUUGGAGGAACAGUUCGAACGAAACGCCGCGGUGAAGCUGCAUGAAGCGGAGGCCCCAAGGGGGCCAUGGUGA